AGUACAAUGGGAUGUGCUAUUAAAUGAGCCCAAAGUUGAACCCUUGGAAACUUGGAUUUGAGUAUCAAACUCAGCACUUCAAGCAAGGCAAUCAAUCAGUCACCGCAACGUAGUUGACGUCAAGUCAUCGACUCUGCCUCUAUCUAUUUCCAUCUCUACAGUAUUCUCUUUCCAUAUUAGUCCCACAUCUACUUUGUCCCUAUUCGUCACGCAAGCCAUGGCAGCGCUAUCCACCUCAUCCAACUUGAAGUAUGUCUUUGAUACCUUGAAAUCCAAUCCGGUGGUCACAGGGCUGUGCGCGACCGCUAUCAUUGGCCUUGUCUGGACAGUCAACGACUUCCGAGAAUGGAAAGCUUUUGGUACAGGCGGAACGCCGCCGACCUGGGCUGGUUACCUUCGCAUGUCCAAACUCCGCGCCAAACACGCCGCCUCCAAGAACAACCUCCAGGACCCUUCCCCUCUUCAACAGACGGGGCCCUCCUACUUGCCCACCGGCACUCUCCCGCUCCGCUCCGGUCCGCGCCCGCGCAUGAUGCCGCGCAUUCUCCCGCAGCGCCAGUACCCGGAGCCCAUCGACCCCUCGGUGCAGGCCCGGCUGCGCUCGUUGGUGCGCGAUCUGGCCAGCGCCCACCCCGAGCUGUUCGACCUGCUACCCUCGCACACCGAGGGCCGCACGACUGAUGGGCUGUACGCGCGCCGGAAUCUGCCGACCCUCAACCCGCUGGCCGGCGAUGCUAUUCUGAGCUACGAGAUCGCGCACAUGCACCCGGCGGAGAACAGUCUGCAUGUGUGGUUGAGUGAUGUCGAUGCGCGGGAAGUCAUCGAGAAGGGCUGGGGCCAGCGGUUUCCUGUGCCGGCUGUGCCACAAGGCUGGGUGAUGGUCUAUGCGCCGCGUGAUGAGGGAGAGAUGGAUAUCGUGGAGGGAAUUGUCAGGGCAGCGGCGCGGUGGGUUACUGGUGUUAUGGUUUGAAGAGGUUCCAUCUUGGAUUGGACUGUCCCGGCAGGAUCUG